AUGUUCUACCGAGGAGACUUGCAGAGCGGGAUCAACGAGGCGAUUCGGGACGUCAAGCAGGUUGUUUGCUUCAUCACAGACGACGGCCAGCUCAGCAACCUGUGGGAGAACAACUAUCUCAGGGACGAGAGGAUCGUUCGGUUGAUAAGGACAAAUGCGGUGGCGCUGCGGCUGAUCGAGGACUCGCAGGAGGCAGAGUUCCUCUCGACCUUCUGUCCAGUGAAUGAGUCGCCUACGCUCAUCGUGAUCAAAAAUGGCAUCGUUCGAGAGUACAUUGCAGCAAGGACGGAAGAGCCUAUGUUCAAGCGGAGGUUGAUAGCUGCUCUGGAAGACAAUAAGCCGCCGAGGAGGAUGCGGGAGGCUAUGGCGCAGGCGCAAGCUCAGGCUCAGGCUCAGGCACAAAGAACGGCUAGCCAAACAGGCAGCUCCUCAGUGUCUCCAACCACUGUUCCUGCUACCCCCGCGGCUUCUGGAACUCCCGUUGCUACGCCUCCAGCUCCGUCUCCCCCUCCAGCCACGCCGGCACCACCAAGCAACGUCGUCGAUCCGCCCAGUGAUACUCGGGCUAACGACCAACAGAGACGGGACAGUGUCCGAGAGGGAAAACGGCCGGCGGAGCCAGACAAUGAGAAGAAAGAACAAGCAGAGUGGAAGGGCAAACAGAAGAGAAGACACCAACAGGAAAGAGAAGAGCGAGAGCGUGUUCUCGAACGAAUAAGACGGGACAACGAAGUACGAAAGGCGAAAGCGGAGAGACAGAGGGCGGCUGCUGCUGAAAAGCAUGAAGCUUCAUGCACACCAACCCCUGCCGCACAAAAGUACCGUCUUCAGGUCCGUCUGUUCGACGGAAGCUCGAUCAGAAACACCUUCUUUCCCAAUCAGACUAUAGGUACCGCUGUCCGGUCAUGGCUGGAUAGGGAACGCUCUGAUGGUGAUGCACCGUAUACCCUGAAGCAUAUACUCACGCCACUUGAGAAUAAGGCCAUCUCACUUUCAGAAGAGCACCAGUCUCUCCAGGAGCUGGGUGUUGGUCCCACGGCAACACUGGUCAUGGUGCCGAUAAGGACAUAUACAUAUGCAUAUUCAGACUCGGGUGCCUCACUGCCAUAUCGAGUUUUCUCCGGGGGAUACAACCUUGUUGCUGGCACGGUUAACGCUGUAGCUGGCGCGGUAGGGUCUGCCUUGGGAAUUGGACAGAACCCAGCUGCUUUUGGGCGCGGUGCGUCAACGCAGACUGAAGCCACAGAAGAGACAUCUCCCAGAAUGUCUACACGCAACCGGGUUCGAACUCUGCAUGAUGCCAACUCGGGCAAAAAUGACCACCAGUUUUAUAACGGCAAUCAGGUAGGUCUACAUUGUCAAAUGAAAACGUUCGUCCAAUGCUAA